UCUGCCAGGGAAAAAAAGAAGAAGAAAGAACGGGGAACUGCUCUGGCGACCGGCGGCGAUUGUGAGGGGAUGGACGGAGUCAAGCCACCGGCGGCGAGUAGGAAGCAGGAUCUGGAAGAGGCGCUUCUCCAGAUCGUGCACCGCCAAUCCCUCCGCCAACGCCAACUGACCGAGAGAGCCAAGGAGGACGCCCUGAGAAGCGCGGCGCGGGUCGCUGAUGUGCUCGUGGACGCGGUCGACGGCGGGGUGCAGGAGCUCUUCGUCAACGAGAAGCGGAUUGAGCUCGAGGCCCGCGCGCUGCUCGGGACCAUCGCGCGCUACAGGCGGCAGACUGAUCAGUGGCUGGCCGCCACCAACGAGAUCAACUCGGUAUUGAAGGAAAUUGGAGAUUUCGAGAACUGGAUGAAGAUCAUGGACUUUGACUGUAAAAGUAUCAAUGCAGCCAUACGCAACAUUCAUCAGUCAUGAGUCUGCCUGCAAUCAUGUUCCUCUCAUUGGAAUUGCACAGGCUGUUAACCCUCUUGUGCAGAACUGUUCCCCGUUCUGCUGUACAAAUUUGUACUUCAGUUUCAUAGUAUGAUGAGUACUGUCUUUCUGUCUCUAUUUUCUACGAUUUCAUAGUUUUGAUAUAUGAUCAGAAUAUGCUCCAUCUAAGUGGUGUUAUUCUUGUCCCAUUAUCGAAACAAGUGUUUAUCCACUAGGUUGUUUAAGUUCAAGGUUGGUAAAAGGCACACACAUACUAAAAUUGUUUCGAAAACAUUUUUCAUGUCAUUUUAUUCUUUUCAUAUGUAUUCUGCGAAACUGUGGAUGCAUCUUUGGGGAGGAGUAUAGUAUGAGCAAAAGGGAAGCUUUCUUCCUUUUCAACAAAGAUUACAAGGUCUAGUUUACCCUCCUGCAGUUUUUCCUUAUCUGUCCACUGGAUCCAGUGAGGGGACUAAUGUUGCUCAUCUUCGCCAUCGCCGCGCUGAAGUCGGUGAAGAAUUUUGCCAUGUUUGAAGAGUAGGUCGUAGUCUGGGAGUCUGCUGAACCUCCAUUGAACAGUUUCUGGUCAGAAUGCAGCACACCCUUGUUCAGCAAGUUCUUGUAGUAGAAAUUGUCAAAAACAUAGGGUGUCGAGGUGUCGAGGGGCGAAAUGUUAUUGUCACCAGUCUUGUUGGGACAAUUUGUUUUCAGUGAUGUCGCUAGGGAUGUGUCGAUGUUAGUUCCGCUGUAUAUGCAAUUGCGGAAGUUGACACAUCUUGCUUGCCCAAUGGUGUGACCUCCUGGCAAUUUUUUUAUUCCAUAUCAGUCAGUAUUACUAUUUUUUCCAUUCAAGGAAAAAAAAUCUAGCAUUGACUAUGAUUUGUGAAUCAAAUAUAUGUUUGUUCACAAAUUUUGCAUUGUAUUGCAGUACCUGAUAAUGCAAUCAUGUCAGUUGCACUCAGUCCUUUGUUUGAGAAGGACUUGGUGAGAUCAGUGAGGUCAAGAGUUGGUGCUGGGAUGUCGUUGUUUGCCGCAUCUAGGCUUGCUGUCAAUGAGUCACGCCUUCCCAGAUUGAUAGGCCAAGUAGGCCCUCCAAGCUGAAAUAGAAAUUGCCAACUCUUACUAUUGUUUGUUUCUAUUGGAAUUGUUAAAUUGGAUUGCAUAAAAUGCAUUUGGUCAAUCAGUUGCUAGAAUCGUUGAAUAUGAAUGUUGACUUUUGUAGUUUAGUUUAGUGCUCCCUGAGGCUUGUUUUGGUCUAGGUUAUAAGUUUAUCAUAAUCUCUCAAAUAUAAAGAGUUGUACCAUCCUCAUUUCAGUUAAAGAAUUGGAUAAUCAUUUAGUUGGGGUUUGUUGCGAGGUUCACAAUCAUAAACACUUCUACAUUGAACUUGUUGCCUCUAACAUGAAAUGUUUCUUUUGUUUUGUCUUACCGCAACAACAGAGUCACGUGCUGCCACAGCGACGAUGUCAGCACAUGAUACCACCUGUGGGCACAUCCUCUCAAGCCGUGCCUUGAUGCUGUCAAUCACGUCAAAUCCACGCAGGGAAUUGUUGUUCGGAACAGCAGUCUUCUCCCCUGUGAAGGUUGGGGUGUCAUCAAGCAGCACGGAGCCAUCGCAGGCCUGCGAAGAUUGCCAUGCUUAUGAAUCCAGAAAAUGUGAAAACAUAUGUGCAGAUUUGGGGACACAUACAUUAACAAAGCAGUCGUGGAAGUGGAGGCGGAGCAAUGAUGCGCCCAUGCGGUUCUCCCUAGCAACAGCAGACCUUACCGCUGUUUGGAUGGUGUACAAUGCAUUUGGGCAUGACUUGUUAUAGAAAUUUGCAGUAAGCUGAGCUGAAACCAAGCUUGCAGCAAAGAACAAGGCCAAGACACUGCAAGGGAGGGGUUUAUGGGAAGCCAUUUUGCUCAGGGGUUUAGAGCUGUGUGUUAGCCAGUGUCAAUGUGCACAGAUAUUUAUAGGCAGAAUAUUUGCACACGAUGAGUUUCUAACUUACUUUAUGCAAGUGGCUUUGAAUAUUCUAUAUUUGCUUCACCAGACUAAGUGGAGUGGUCUGUGCUCUGUAUGCAGUCUGAAAGCGUAUUGUAUAAACAGAUGUGUUCGGACAAAGGCAUGACUACAUUAUUAACUGGUAUAUUUUAUAGUU